GCCUUCGCAGGGUAGGGGAGGAAUCCUCCAAGGUCGAGGGAGGGGGCCAAAGAGCAGCCCCUUGGCGUCUCCUCUUCUUUCUCUCCCCUCCCAGGCUCCGGUUCAGAGGCGCUGUCGGCGCCUGCCACGGCUUCCAAACUGCUCCGCUUCCUUCUGCGGCAGAAAAGGACUUUCAGAUGUUGUAGCGGCGGCGGUGGGCGGCGGCGGCGGCGGCGGCGGCGGCGACUCAGGACAGCGCCCCCUCCCCCUAACGGCCGCCUCCCUCUCUCCCCCCCCGCGCCCCCGCUCCCCCACCUCUGGGAAGGCGCUGGGGGUGUGGCCAGGGGCCGGUAUAAAGUCCGGGGGAGCCGGUCCCGGGCAGCCGCUCAACCCCCUUCCCCCCCCACCCCGCCGCCCGCCGCCCGCCGCCCGCCGCCUGGGCCGGGCCGAGGAUGCGGCGCAGCGCCUCGGCGGCCAGGCUCGCUCCCCUCCAGCCCGCUUGCUAACUUCCCUGGCUCCGUCCCUGUCAGCCCGCGGGGCUGCCCCGUCUCCCCGCGCCCUCCGGGUCGGGUCCUCCAGGCGCGCCCGGGCGCUGUCGCCGUGUGUCCCUGCUGCCAGUGUGCGCGCGCGUUCGCCCCGUCCUAGCUCGGUCAUGCUGCCCCUCUGCCUCGUGGCCGCGCUGCUGCUGGCCGCUGGGCCUGGGCCGAGCCUGGGCGACGAAGCCAUCCACUGCCCGCCCUGCUCGGAGGAGAAGCUGGCGCGCUGCCGCCCCCCCGUGGGCUGCGAGGAGCUGGUGCGGGAGCCGGGCUGCGGCUGUUGCGCCACUUGCGCCCUGGGCAAAGGGAUGCCCUGCGGGGUGUAUACCCCUCGCUGCGGCUCCGGCCUGCGCUGCUACCCGCCCCGGGGGGUGGAGAAGCCCCUGCACACGCUGAUGCACGGGCAAGGCGUGUGCAUGGAGCUGGCGGAGAUCGAGGCCAUCCAGGAAAGCCUGCAGCCCUCUGACAAGGAUGAGGGUGACCACCCCAACAACAGCUUCAGUCCCUGCAGUGCCCAUGACCGUAGGUGCCUGCAGAAGCACUUCGCCAAAAUUCGAGACCGCAGCACCAGCGGGGGCAAGAUGAAGGUCAUCGGGGUGCCCCGGGAGGAAGCUCGGCCUGUGCCCCAGGGCUCCUGCCAGAGUGAGCUGCACCGGGCCCUGGAGCGGCUGGCCGCCUCACAGAGCCGCACCCACGAGGACUUUUACAUCAUCCCCAUCCCCAACUGCGACCGAAAUGGCAACUUCCACCCGAAGCAGUGUCACCCGGCCUUAGAUGGGCAGCGCGGCAAGUGCUGGUGUGUGGACCGGAAGACGGGAGUGAAGCUUCCAGGGGGCCUGGAGCCAAAAGGGGAGCUGGACUGCCACCAGUUGGCUGACAGCUUCCGCGAGUGAGCCCUGCCAGGAGGCAGGGGGCUCAGUGCUCCCUGCCACCCCCAUCCCCUAGAGGCUACAGAGCUGACCUGGAGCCUGGGUCUGAGUCCUGGCUCUGUCUCUGACCCAGAAGUUUCCCUUCCUGUGUGUGUGUGUGUGUGUUUGUGUGUAUGUGUGUAUGUGUGGGUGUGCCCUUGGGGUGAGCCAAAGCCUAGGGGUGUCUUUGGGCUUAGAUAGUCCGAGAGGUCUGAGAGUGGCAGUGGGGAGCCCUGGUAUGUCUCCAAAUUGAUCCUGGAUUCAUUCAUUCAUUCAUUCAUUCAUUCAGCCAUCUAAAAACAUUUAUUGACCACAUACUACAUGCCAGCUCUAGUUUUUUAGCCCUGGGGGCUCUUAUUUUGACUUUGUUUGAUUUGGUCAUGUGGGGCCACUUCCUAUAAACUGAGCACUAGCUUAUGGGGGAAGAGAAGUCCCAUUUCCAGAAUCAGAGAAAGAAAGUAGACAUGUACCUUGACUUUUGUACCUUGUAGCAUUGUCCUUCCCCUUGAUUUAGUCAGAGGGUGGAAGCUGUAGGGAAAGUGUGCGGUGGCAGAUGAUUCAAUGGUCAGGAGUCCCAGGCCCACUCUCAAAGGUCAAGCCUGCCAGGCUCCCCUUCUUCUCUUCCCCAGGCCCCUCCAAGGGGAAGGACCUAUAGAGACAAGCCCACCUUUGGGUAUGGUGUGCCACCUGCUUGGUUGCCUGGCCGCCCAGACCCUGCUGUGGAGGAGGGAAGAAGGUCGGAAGAAGUCAUACAGGGCAGAGGGCUGGGGAGGUGGGGCCCAUCUCUGAAUAGUCAGGGUGGGAGGAAAGGAUGCAUUAUGGGACCACAUGUGCUUGAUGGAACAGAAGACACACAUGCUGGGGGGUGAAGGACUUGCCUGGGGUCCUACUUCCUCCCCUGUUUGUGGUCACAGUCACAAAGUCACCAGGAUGACUCCAUCCUUCCAGUGGCUCACGGCCUGUGGCUUUGCCUCCCUCCCCGUACCUCCCUGCCCUCCAGGCAUUUCUGGCUUGACUGGAUGGAAGGAGACUAAGGGACCUACCAGUUGGCCAUGAUGUCUUGUCUUUUUUUUUUUUUUUUUUUUU